AUGAGACAGGCCAUGGCCCAGGCCGAGGUGGGGGAUGACGACUAUGGGGAGGACCCGACAGUCAAUGAGCUCCAGCGCUUGGCCGCCCAGUUCCUAGGAAUGGAGGAGGCUUUGUUUGUACCAACGUCGACCAUGGCAAACCUCAUUGCUGUGAUGUGCCACUGCCAGCGCAGGGGGGCUCAGCUGCUCGUCGGGAGGGAGGCCCAUCUGCACGUCUUCGAACAGGGAGGGGUUGCUCAGGUAGCGGGGGUCCAUUCCCAGGUGCUACAGGAUCUGCCAGAGGGCACCUUGGACCUCGACGAGCUGGAGUCGACAGUCCGUGCGGGCUAUGGCAGCCGGUACCACCCUCGCUCAGUGCUCGUCUGCCUGGAGAACACCCACAGCUCUGCAGGGGGCCGGGUGCUCCCCCUUGCCUACCUCAGGGAGGUGCGCCUGCUUGCUGACCGCUACGGGCUGCACAUCCACAUGGACGGGGCACGGCUGAUGAACGCAGCCGUGGCCCAAGGCGUCACCCCAGCUCAGAUCACCCAGCACUGCGACUCCGUCUCCCUCUGCUUCUCCAAGGGGCUGGGUGCCCCGGCCGGGGCGCUGGUUGCUGGGUGCAGAGAGUUCGUGGCAGAGGCCUGGCGCAUGCGGAAGCUGCUUGGUGGAGGGAUGCGCCAGGCAGGAGUGCUGGCGGCAGCUGCCCGUGUAGGGCUGGAGCGCAUGGAGGAGACACUGCAGAGAGACCACGGCAAUGCCCGCAGCUUCGCCCAAGGCGUCUGGGAGCUUGGCUCGCCCAUCUGCUCCGUCGACCCCUCGGCCGUGGAGACCAACAUGGUGCUGGUGAAGGUGGCUGUCCCCUGGCUGUCCCCUGAGAAGCUGUGUGAGUGCAUGCAGGCAGUGAGCGAGGAGGAGGUGGCUGAGACGGGGCGUGCUGUCAGCGUGCGGCUGUUCCCGUGGGCCGCGCGCUCCCUGCGGGCCGUCUGGCACUGUGACGUCUCCGCACAGGACACCCAGCUGGCAGCCAACAAGCUGAAAUUUGUGGCCGAGCAGUGCUGGCGAGAGCGAGGUGCUGCACCCUAG